CGCUCCUGACGCGGCUCCCGGGCGCCGCCGCCCCGCCGGGAGCGAUGAGUGCGCUGUCCCCCCGCUUGGCGGCCCUGGCUGUGCGAGCGGCGGGCGGGCGGUGGGCGCCGCCCGUCCCCCGCCGCGGUCGCAGCGGCCCCGGUCCGCCCCAGCCGCGGGAAUGGGCGCUGUCGGUGAGCCCGCGGGGGCGGCUGCGGGUGCGGCUGUCGUGCCAGGUGAGCGUCCGCCCGCUGGACCCGCAGCGCUGCCCGGGCGCGGACCGGGUCCUGGUGGCCGUGAGCGGCGGCAGCCCCGGGCACCGCGGGCGGGAGCGGGACCCGGUGCGGGUGGAGCACGACGAGGCGCUGGGGCAGGUGGCGAUCGUGGCGGACGGCGUGGACAGCAAGACCGCCGUGGACGUCCGGACGCCGGCGAAGUUCGAUUUGGAUAUCAAAACGUCAGGGACUGGCUGCGUGAAGAUUCAGAAAAUAGAAUGUGAUAACUGCAAAAUAGAAACAGAGAAGGGGACUAGUGUCUUGCAGUCAAUAAAGAGCCAUAAAAUUGAUAUACGGACAAAUGGAGGCAAAGUAAUUGGGCUGGGAACACUUUAUGGAAAUACAGAUAUUUGUGCAACAGAAAAGGGGAGUGUAAAUAUAGAGAAGCUGCAGGGGACAACCAUCAAUAUAUCCACUGAAGAUGGGCUGCUGAAAACUAAGUAUCUCUAUGCAGAAUCAGCAUCUCUCUCAUCAGAAUCUGGUGAUAUUAUGCUGGGAAGUAUUCACGGUAAUACCAACCUUCAGACCAAAACAGGGAAUAUCACAGUAGAUUCAUCAGAUGGAAGUCUAAAAGCUUCUACGUAUCAUGGGACAAUAGAUGUUUAUGUCAGUCAACUAAGAAAAGUGGAUCUGAAGUCCCAGAAAGGUUCAAUUGCAGUCAAGGUACCUGCAUCUCUCAAAGCCUAUUUAGAGCUGUCUGGAAGAAAAGUGGAUGUGAGCUCAGAGAUCCAGUUAAAAGAAACACAGAGCGUCUCCAAAGAUGAUCAUGUAACUAUAAGCGGUCACAUGAAUCAAAGGGAUGAAAGAGACAAAUGGAUUAAGGCUGACACACAAAAUGGCAAAGUGUGUCUUAAAACCCAAAGCUGGUUCCAGUCUGUCAAGCUGAAGAGUUCUUAAAGGUGAAAUAGGCCAAAGAGAUUAAAUCAAGAAACUACAAAGGAACAUUUCUGUAAAAUUAUGUAACUUUCUGGAUGGAUAUUCUUAAUAUAAAAGAGAAACUAUUAAAAAUGAGAACAUUUUAACCCAAGA